CCGGUUGCCGCCGGGAGUGGGGCGGACAUGGCGGCGGGGGGGUUGCCGGCGCCGAGUCCGGCGGAGCCCAACCCCUUCUCGUUCCGCGAGUUCGUCCGCAGCAAGGCCCGGAGCGGCGAGGAGGCGGGCGGCAGCCGCCAGGCGGCCCGGCCCGGCCCGAGCCUCGGCCCCGUUUUGUUCCCGGAUCCGGUGCCUCCCGGAGAGGCGGAGGACGAUGAGGAAUGGAGCGGCAGCUACCAGCCCUCGGCGGUGGAGGAGGCCCAUCUCGCCGCCGCGGGCCCCGCCUCGCCCUCCGCCGGCUCCUGCGAGGGCCCGAGCGUGGCCGCCUUCGGAGCCCCCCCGGGGCCGGGCUUUCACUCCCUGCGGCAGCCCAGCUACGAGGAGCUAAAAGAAGAGAAUGCCAGUUUGCGAAGCAAGAUCAAUAAGCUUCAGAUUUUCUCUGAAACUCAAGCAGACAAGAUGAGGAAGCUUGAAAAAAAGCUUGAGGAAAACAAAAUUAAAGAAGAAAAGGAAACGCAGGAUUUGGAAGCAAUGGUGCAGCACGUGGAACAAAAUCUCCAGCUGAUGACUAAACGGGCUGUCAAAGCAGAAAACAGUGCUACGAAACUGAAACAGGAAAAUGCGUUACUUCAGGUUCAGCUGAAGAAUUACAAGAUGGAGAAUGAAGCCUUGAGGUCGGGCCAGUCGGCAAGUCUGUCCGUGGUAAAGCAAAACGCUGACCUUGCCUUACAGAACCUGCUCACGGUCAUAACAAACUCCCGGUCUUCAAUCAAGCAGCUGCUCUCCGGAGCAGAAUCCCUGCAGCUCGUCGCCGAUCUCCUUAAAUCAAUAGACAGAAUUUCUGAAACGUCAGAAGAUGGACAGUAAAACAACAAAACGGACUCAAACGGAGAACUUUGCUUUCGUGCUGAAAUCGUUACUUAAAAGUUAAUUUCUGGUA